AUGCAGGAUUAUGAGGUAACCCGUAAAUUAUGGGAUGGUCGGAUACCCGUUCAGUUUGUUCUCGACAAGUUGGAAUUCAUGCAGUGUACAGCCAAACCAUUCUAUGUUAAUUUUACCGUAGUAGUUCCGGAAAUGAGUUAUUUUCCUCUCAUUUUACCCCGAGUUCUGCAGUAUUUUUCAACUGUUGUGGAUAGUUUUGAUACAAGUUCUGUAUGGUUACAAUAUAAUUCAAAACCGUUAAAAUGGCACUAUCCAGUAGGUCUUUUGUUUGAUUUGUUAAAAGCGGAUCAUCUUUUACCAUGGACCAUUGUACUCAGAACGAAGGAUUUUCCCAUGGAAGUGAUGCAAUGUAAAGGCAAUGACUUAGAAAGUUUGUACAUUCAAUCUGUUAAAGAAGCAGAUCAGCUAAAACAUAAAGGCAAGAUUAUUAGUUCAAUGAAAGUUGACGAAUGUCGGUUAUUAUGGAGCAGUAUAUUGCAUGAUAAAUUUGAUGAGUUUUGGGCUAUAAAUAAGAAGCUGAUGGGAACUAGUGAAAGCGAUCCACUGUUUCAUGUUCCUAUUCGUAUUCACGAGGUAGCGUCAGAUGAUUGCCCUUUCCGACAACCAUUAAUUACACCUUAUAACGAGUCAGGAGAAGCGCACACAAUUGCUGAUGCGUUGAAAUCUGUAAACAUUGAAUAUCAGUUACCAGUCAUUUCUCACAGUGUUAAAGUACCCUUGUCAACUCCACUUACUUGGAUGUUACAAAAUCUUUCAUAUCUUGAUAAUUUUAUUCAUAUUAUUGUCCGUCGUUCUAAAUGUUAA